CCUAGACACCACUAAAGAAGAGGUAAUCUUGCAGAGGUCGGUGAAACUGAACCUGAUAUUGGCCGAAUUUGCUGAAAUCAUAGGCUAGUCUAGUAGAUCUAUGGCUGACGUCUGGAUUUCAAUAAUAAUUACUAAUUACUGGAUGUAUCAUGUGCAUUUAACAUUAUUCCUUGAAGAGGACAUGCUGGGUGACUGCUAACAAUGGACAGCACAGACAGCAAUCAAUUACACAAAGGACAUUUUAAUGCAGUUGUAACAUAUGAGAGUGAAAUGGUUAAGAACCCAUCACAUUCAGAUACAAUACAGUGUGGUAUAAAUUCUCCGUAUUUAAACAUGAGUCACACCAACUUUGAUUAUCAAUAUAGCCAGUUGAACCACUUAAUCCCAUCAACGACUACAGUGUCUAAUGAAGCUAAGGAAAUGCCUAUGCAACAAUAUUGGCAGCAUCCACAUAUGAGCAAUGUGAUCAACUGUAGAGGGAACUCAAAGCCAGAAUGUAGCAUACCAGGAAAUAAAAUAUCUGGUAGUGUAAAAUCAGGAAAUGCAAUACCGGAAAAUGCAAUAUCAGAAAGUGCAAUACCAGAAAAUGCAAUAUUAGGAAAUGCAAUAACAGAAAGUGCAAUGCAUAGAAAUGGUCCAUCAAACAUGUAUCAAGGUCACUCUGGUUUAAGAAGUGACAUUUAUGGCAAUCAACAGAUCAAUUAUAAAGUUCAAACUUAUGAUAGAGACUAUGUAUCUCCUGGGAUACAACAGUCUAACAAACAACAUCUGACGCAAUUUGGAAAUGUGCCCCAUGACGAAUGUCCUAUUAUCAAACAAGACAAUGAAAGAACUCUUAAUCAAGAUAAUUCUAUGGGCAUUAUAAAGGCCCAACAUUUAGAACACUCAAAUAAUGUAUCUCAUUGUUAUAGAAGUGACAAUAAGCAACCUUCAAUAACCCUGUCUCCACCAUACACAGUGACAUAUGGGGCACACUUGGACACUAGUUUAGGAACAAGUCGCACACCUACAUCUGUGCCCACACAGGCCCCUGUUACAUAUACUGGCAUCAAAAAUGAGCCUGGUUUAUUUAAACCAAAGGACUUCAUUAAUAGCGCACAUACUUGUUAUGAUCCAAAUGUACCAAGCUAUCGUAAUGAAGGGAUUAAUCACAAUUACCUGUCAGUGAAUGGACCUUACAAUCAUUAUAGUCAUACAGGUGAUACUACAAAAUGGUGUGAUAGCAACAAACAACCUGUUCAUGAACAACAUGUGAUUGUUCCCAGCUUCAACCAUUUUAAAAUGUUACAAACAGAAUCAGCUGAUUUAUCAAAGAAGCAAGUAACCUCUGAUCUAGUGACUAAAGUUAGUCCAAGCAAAAGGAAACCUCGAUCACCUGCUAAGCCAAAACCUGAUUUAAACAUAGAUCCUAAUUUUACAAUACAUAGUCCAUUGGCAUCUUAUGUACUACAAGAGGAGCAUAGCAAUGUUAUUGUUGAACAGUUUCUGAGGUCUGAGUUUACACUGUGUGAGGCCCUCUCAAAAAUAGCAUUCAAACAUCCAGUGGCUUACAUUUAUAACCCACUGAAUUAUGCCAUAAGAACCCAUGUUGACUUCAUACAGAAAUAUUGCACAACUGAAAAACAGAUUUUGCUACUGGGAAUGAAUCCAGGUCCAUGGGGUAUGUCUCAAAAUGGGGUGCCUUUUGGAGAAGGUGAUAUUGUAAGAGACUGGCUAAAGGUGACAGGGAGUGUUGGUAAGCCACUUAGAGAACACCCACAAAGACCUAUACAUGGACUAGAUUCUACCAGGAAAGAGGUCAGUGGUACCAGGUUCUGGCAGUUAAUUUGUGAGUUAUGUAUCAACCCUCAAAACUUUUUUGCGAACUGCUUCGUGCACAACAUGUGUCCUUUGGCUUUUAUGACACAUUCCGGUAAAAAUGUCACACCCCCUCAGCUUGGAAAAGAACAACUUGCUUCACUCAAUGCUGCUUGCGAUGAGGCAAUAUGCGACAUCAUAAGAAUCCUGAAUGUGAAAUAUGUGAUAGGUGUUGGGAAAUUUGCUGAGAUAAGGGUUAAAAAAGCCCUGUUGUCUAAAGGAAAUAUGCCAACUGGAUUAAGAGUUAGUAGUAUAAUGCACCCAAGUCCGAUUAACCCUGCAGCUAAUAAAGGAUGGGUCAACAUAGCCAAGGGACAGCUAGAAGAAAUGGGGCUGAUACAUAUUAUUACUAACGGUGCUUUGUGUGAAAUGGAGCCUGCAGAAACUACACCUGGAAUUUGAUGAACCUUAUGACUCUGUUUUGUAUGGUGACUGUUGUACAAUGUUCUUGGAUUGUGGAGAGUGCCGGUCUGUCUGUUCCUGAGUUUGUGGAAAUGACCAUCAAAAGAGGAAGCAAGAGCAUGGGGUGAUAGCUUUGAGAAGCUCCUAGACAAUGAUUUUGGUCGUGAUCUCUUUAAGAAGUUCCUGAAGUCUGAAUACAGUGAAGACAAUCUUUUGUUCUGGGAAGCAUGUAUGGCACUGAAGGAGGAAACUGACGAAGGUGCAAUACAUGAAGAAGCUAAACUUAUUUAUAAAAAAUAUAUAUCCCUUACUUCACCUAAUGAGGUAAAUAUUAAUGCCAAUAUUAGGAGAAAAAUAGACUCAAAUAUACAUGCUCCAACACUGAACAUAUUUGAUGAAGCAAAAGCAUGGAUUGGACUGCUUAUGGAGACAGACUCAUUUCCAAGAUUCAUCAAAUCAAAUCUAUUCAAAAGUUUUAUAUCAAGUCAUUUUUCUGAAGAUUCUAAUAGCUCUAAAUGAAUAGAGCCUGUCCAAUGAGUUGUGUUUUGUCUUAUUUAAAUUUAGAAUUGAGAAAGAUCAAUUCUGAUACUGUAAAUUGCUUUAUUUUGACAGCCAUUUUAAUAUGGCGGAUUGAUAAAAACC